AGUCACUCGAUGUUCAUCAGCAGUUUCCAAUGAAUCCAAAAGACCUCUAUACUUCGAUUUUCAAGCCACUACUCCACUUGAUCCACGUGUACUCGAUGCAAUGUUGCCGUUUUUUCUGACUUCAUAUGGCAACCCGCAUUCGCGAACACAUAUGUAUGGUUGGGAGUCGGAGAAAGCUGUUGAAGCAGCGAGGGCGGAGGUUGCUGAUUUGAUAAACGCUGACCCGAAGGAAAUAAUUUUUACCAGCGGAGCAACGGAGUCGAACAAUCUUUGCAUUAAAGGUGUCGGGAGGUUCUAUAAGUCGAAAAAGCGCCAUAUCAUCACGUCUCAAAUAGAGCACAAAUGCGUCUUAGAUUCUUGCCGCGCUUUGGAAAAUGAGGGAUUUAAGUUGACGUACCUGCCUGUCCAGCAUAAUGGGCUCGUGGACCCAAGGGACGUCGAAGAAGCCAUUCAGCCCGAUACAUCGCUUGUCUCAAUCAUGACUGUCAACAAUGAGAUUGGGGUUCUACAGCCCAUUGAAGAAAUUGCAAAAAUAUGCCGCGCGAAGAAGGUUUUCUUUCACACCGAUGCUGCCCAAGCAGUGGGAAAAAUACCAAUCGAUGUCAACAAAAUGAAUAUUGACCUUCUCUCGAUAAGUGGCCACAAAAUAUACGGUCCAAAAGGCGUGGGUGCUCUUUAUGUGCGCCGUCGACCUAGGGUGCGUUUGGAGCCAAUCAUAAGCGGUGGGGGACAGGAACGCGGAAUGCGGUCGGGAACACUUCCAGCUCCUCUUAUCGUUGGUUUGGGCGCAGCUUGUCGUGUCUCAAAGGCUGAAAUGCAGAACGACCACGAGCACAUCAGCAGACUCUACGACCGUCUAGUGAAUGGCAUUACUUCUCAGCUCGAAGAGGUGAUACUUAACGGCGACCCGGAACACCGCUACAAGGGCUGUCUUAACCUCAGUUUCGCUUUCGUUGAGGGCGAAAGCCUCCUGAUGGCGCUUAAGAGCAUCGCCCUCUCGUCUGGCAGCGCGUGUACUUCGGCCUCUCUGGAACCCUCCUACGUGUUGCGUGCCAUCGGGACGAACGAGGACCUGGCUCACUCCAGCAUAAGGUUUGGAAUCGGUCGAUUCACGACCGAAAAGGAGGUGGACUACACCGUCCAGGAAGUUGUCAAACACGUCCAACGUCUCCGCAAAAUGAGUCCACUGUGGGAGAUGUACCAGGAGGGCGUGGAUUUGAAGAGCAUCAACUGGUCCCAGCACUAA